CAAAUAAUAGAAUAAGUCACGACAAUAAGACUCAGGAAUAUCUUUGGUGGUUCUUUCGAGUGGAUCAUAUUCAAAAGCAUGGAUUCCUUUUUGAUUACCUUGUGUUCUUUCGUUGUUUGUCUUUUUCCUUGCCUAAUCAGUGCAGAGUCUUACUGCACAUACAGCAGUUACUCGCUCCGAUAUUACUGUUACUAUUAUUACUAUGACUACGACUACACCCUUGAUUCCAGUGCUGGUGUGAUUGCGGGAUGUAUAAUAGGAGGAAUCGUUGGACUGGUAAUAAUAAUCACAAUCAUUGUCUGCGUUACCAAUAAGUACUGUAAAAAGAAAAGACACGGUCGGGUGAUCGUACGUCCAACAGGUUAUUCUACAAGUUACUCCAAUACAUAUCACAACGCUUAUGGUGGAUAUGGAACCAGACCUUAUGUGACUACAUCGACAAUCAACUAUGCAUCACAUCCAUCUGCUCCGCCACCCCCGCCCCCUGCCUACCCUCCCCCACCCCCUCAGUAUCAGCCUCCUCCUGCAUUCCAUUCCAAUGAACAACCUACAUUCACCCAUGAUAGCAAUUCCAAAAUGUAAUCAUAUACCGGAGCUGACUGAAGGAUGACGACAAACUUCAUCAAUAUAAUAUUUAUUACAUAAAUCUCUGUUCCUGAAAUAUACUCUACCAGUCUAUCAUUUUGAAUAUUUGUGUUUGACUUUCAAUUAAUCUUAAGGAUUUCCAUCCCUAAUAGGACCAGCCUUAAAUGUCCAUCAAGUACAUAGUACUCUGAUAUUAUAUUAAAGCAUUUUAUAGUGGAAAAGGAUCGCCCGCGAGAAAGUUUUUUAAAAAAUUUUGAUUGAGCAGUGGUUAAUUAACAAAGAUUGCAUUGAGGUCUAUGGGAGAAAGCUUUUUUUUUUUCUACAUAAAAAUUCAAAUAAUUUGAAUAUCAAUAAAUCCUGUGGUGGAAAGAUUCAUUGAAACAUUAAAAAUAGAGUGACAAUUGAAAACAAUUUUUUACCGGUAAUUUUUUUUAAUUGAU